UAAUAGUUCAAAGUAAUCAGCGCUGGAAAGUUACAGGGUCAAUAUGAAAUACAUGUUUCUUUUUAUUGUCACUCUCAGGAUUACCAAGAAGAAGCUAAGCAAGCUGCAAGAGGCAAUGGGAUUCCAAACACCCCAUUCAAGUAAACCCAAAGUGCAACCUGUUACCAAACCCAUUCCCUCGUCCUACGAUUCAUGGAUGGCGAGGCAUCCUUCAGCGCUGCGUUCAUUUGAUAGACUGAUGAAAGCAGCAAGUGGAAUGGACGUGGUUGUGUUUUUAGACUAUGAUGGCACCUUGUCACCCAUUGUAAAUGACCCUGAUCGUGCUUUUAUGUCUGAGGAGAUGCGUGCAGCAGUGUGUGAAGUUGCUAGAAAUUUCCCAACUGCAAUAAUUAGUGGAAGAAGCAGAGACAAGGUUAAAGAAUUUGUCAAGUUAAAUAAUGUGUAUUACGCUGGAAGUCAUGGGAUGGAUAUAAUGGCACCAUCAGCGACAGCUAGAUCCUCUGAUGGCGACCAUUAUAACAUGGCCCUCGACACCACUAAGGAUAAUGGGGUUCCCUUUCAACCUGCGAAGAAAUUUUUGCCCGCAAUUCGAGAGAUAUUGAAGGUAUUAGAGAAUAAAAUAAAAGGCAUACAAGGUGCAAGGAUAGAGGACAAUGGAUUCUGCAUUUCUGUACACUUCCGGCAAGUUCAAGAAAAGGACUAUGUUGAAUUAGAGGAGAAGGUGAAGUCCGUGCUUGAAAAACACCCAGACUUUUGCCUAACUGAGGGUAAAAAGGUUCUGGAAAUAAGGCCAUCCAUAGAAUGGAACAAAGGGCACGCCCUGGAAUAUUUUCUGGACACACUAGGAUUAAGCAGUUCCAGCAACAUCCUUCCAAUCUACAUUGGUGAUGAUCGAACCGAUGAAGAUGCUUUUAAGGUGAUACAGAAGAGAGGACAAGGCUAUCCAAUUAUAGUAUCUUCAAUUCCGAAGGACACCAAAGCUCUCUACUCUCUGCGAGACCCGUCAGAAGUGCUAAUUUUCUUGUCACGUCUGGCGAAAUGGAGGAAAACCAUUAUUGGCUUGAAUUAACUUGGCCCAUGAAUUUUGGUUAAGGGACAAGUUAAGUCAUGAAAUUUCGAGUUUUUUUUUUUUUUUGGGCAGUGCAUAUAACUAACUACUUUCCCACUGUCGAUUUUGAGAAAAGUGGGUUAGUUGGGUUGUAGUUGUUAAGCUUUUUUUGUAUAUUUCCUACAGCUUGUAAAUACGGUCCCAGAAAGAGUGUUACUGCUCUGGCUGCUAUAGAGCUUUUAUCUCUCAAAGCAGCCCAUUGAAAGACGCCUGUAAUUUAGACAUGCAAGAGUUUGCUUAAUUAUAGUUACGGGUGUUAAGUGAUUUU